CAAAAUAAUUUCAAAGACUUAAAGUCAAAUCUACUAUCCUUCAUGGAUUGAUAGUACCAAAGUGUCCGUUAUAUAGAGGCUAUAUAUAGUCUGUACAUGUACAUGUGUAUAUGAAAGUCUUCAGUAAAUAAUCUCACAAUAUCCUUGAGGAUUGUUAUCCUUAUCUCUCACACCUAGUUCACACCACACUCACCCUCUUACAGAUGAGAGCUAGUGAUGAAGUUAUAGCUAAUCUUUUGAGUGGAACUCGUCAAAUCAGGGUCUCUUGGAGUGGAGCUAGUACUACCUGUGUACAAUCAUUCAGACUUUCAGUUUAUUUCUAUGAUGUUUUAUUGGAUACAGAUAUGGUUAGUGGAACACAGUAUGAUUAUACUCCGAAGAAAGAUUUAUCUGGUGACUACAUCUUUGAAUUAACCAGUAUUGAUUAUUUGGGAAAUGAUGUUGGUUCUACAAAUAGUACAACCUUUGUUUGGAAGGAGCCUAAAUAUUCAGUUCGUAUGAAUAUUAACAACAGUAUUGCAAAUUUCACAUUUAAAAAUGAUGAUGAUGAACGACCCCCAGUUACUGAUUGUAAUAUUACUUUGGAUUAUGUCUUGAAAUCAUGUGUCAUGGAUAGCAAUAUAGCUAUCUUUAACAUAACGUCUGGAGUUGAGCAUACUUACAAUAUUAGUAUUUCUAAUGUUGUUGGGAAAGUUAAUAGGAAUGGUGAGUUUAGUAAUGAGAUAGUGAUGCAGAAUGUAACAAUAGAAGUCAGAACUAUAGAUUCACUUGUAACUGCCAUUCCAUUUGUUGUACUGGGAGUAUUGAUUGUAUUGUUUGUUUGUUGGAUUGUCCUGAGGAUAUGUUGGAAGAAACAAUGGUGCUGUCCCAGGAUUUGGAAGAAUAGCUUUUGGUUAAUUUUCUUUUGCUAUGAUUGUUGUACCUACAUGUAUGAAGCUGAAGAGAAAAGAAGGGAAAGCUAUAGGUCUGAAGAAUCCACAUGUUGGAGGGAGAAAGGAACUGAUACUUCUCUUUAAUCAUUAUGACAAGAGUAGACUACUACUCAUUUAGAACAAACCUUGCUAUUACUAUUGUUUCUUGUCUGUUGUUGUUAAUCGAAUAAUAAAAGAGUGUUAUAAUCUUGUUCUUGUCCUUAAA